ACAUCCCAGUCACCGGGCCGUGAGGUGAUGACCUACGCCCAGGCCCAGCGCAUGGUGGAGGUGGACCUGCACGGCCGCGUCCAUCGCAUCAGCAUCUUCGAUAACCUCGACGUGGUGUCCGAGGACGAGGAGGUUCCCGAGGAGGUGCCUGAGAAUGGCAGCAAUAAGGAGAACACGGAGACCCAGAGCGUCCCGCCCAAAUCCGGCAAGCACAAGAACAAGGAGAAGCGCAAGGACUCCAACCACCAUCACCACAACGCCUCGGCCGGUACCACCCCCAAGCUCCCCGAGGUGGUGUACCGGGAGCUGGAGCAGGACACCCCCGAUGCCCCGCCUCGGCCCACCUCCUACUACAGGUACAUUGAGAAGUCAGCAGAAGAGCUGGAUGAGGAGGUGGAAUACGACAUGGACGAGGAAGAUUACAUCUGGCUGGACAUCAUGAACGAGCGGCGGAAGACCGAAGGCGUGAGUCCCAUUCCUCAGGAGAUCUUUGAGUACCUGAUGGACCGGCUGGAGAAGGAGUCCUACUUUGAGAGCCACAACAAGGGGGAUCCAAACGCCUUGGUGGAUGAGGAUGCCGUCUGUUGCAUCUGCAACGACGGGGAGUGUCAGAACAGCAACGUCAUCCUCUUCUGCGACAUGUGCAACCUGGCCGUGCAUCAGGAGUGCUACGGGGUGCCCUACAUCCCGGAGGGACAGUGGCUCUGCAGACGGUGCCUGCAGUCGCCCUCGCGAGCCGUGGACUGUGCCCUCUGCCCAAACAAGGGGGGGGCCUUCAAGCAGACGGACGACGGGCGCUGGGCACACGUGGUCUGUGCCCUCUGGAUCCCGGAGGUGUGCUUUGCCAACACCGUCUUCCUGGAGCCCAUCGACAGCAUUGAGCACAUCCCGCCCGCGCGCUGGAAGCUGACCUGUUACAUUUGCAAGCAGCGCGGCUCCGGGGCUUGCAUCCAGUGUCACAAAGCCAACUGCUACACCGCCUUCCACGUCACCUGUGCCCAGCAGGCCGGGCUGUACAUGAAGAUGGAGCCCGUCCGGGAGACGGGGGCCAACGGUACCUCCUUCAGCGUGCGCAAAACUGCCUACUGUGACAUCCACACGCCGCCGGGCUCCGUGCGCAGGCUUCCCGCCCUCUCCCACAGCGAGGGGGAAGAGGAGGACGAGGAGGAGGAGGAGGAGGGGAAGGGCUGGAGCUCUGAGAAAGUCAAAAAAGCAAAGGCCAAGUCUAGGAUCAAGAUGAAGAAGGCACGGAAGAUCCUAGCGGAGAAGCGAGCCGCAGCGCCCGUGGUUUCUGUGCCCUGCAUCCCCCCGCACAGGCUCAGUAAGAUUACAAACCGCUUAACCAUCCAGAGGAAGAGCCAGUUCAUGCAGAGGCUGCACAGCUACUGGACUCUGAAGAGACAGUCCCGAAACGGUGUCCCCCUGCUCCGCCGCCUUCAGACACACUUGCAGUCACAAAGAAACUGCGACCAGAGAGACACUGAGGAUAAGAACUGGGCCCUGAAGGAGCAGCUGAAGUCAUGGCAGCGCCUCCGCCAUGACCUAGAGCGUGCACGCUUGCUGGUGGAGCUGAUACGCAAGCGGGAGAAGCUCAAGAGAGAGACGAUCAAAGUGCAGCAGGUGGCCCUGGAAAUGCAGCUGACCCCCUUCCUCAUCCUCCUCCGCAAGACACUUGAGCAGCUGCAGGAGAAAGACACGGGCAACAUCUUCAGCGAGCCGGUCCCUCUGUCUGAGGUCCCAGACUACCUGGAUCACAUCAAGAAGCCGAUGGAUUUUCAGACAAUGAAACAAAACCUGGAAGCCUAUCGCUAUCUGAAUUUUGAUGACUUUGAGGAAGAUUUCAACCUAAUUAUCAACAACUGUUUGAAAUACAAUGCCAAAGACACAAUCUUCUACCGGGCAGCCAUCCGUCUGCGGGAGCAGGGAGGCGCCGUUCUCCGGCAGGCUCGUCGGCAGGCGGAGAAGAUGGGCAUUGACUUUGAGACAGGCAUGCACUUCCCCCACUGUGUAACGGUGGAAGAGGCUCAGGUCCAAGACAUCGAGGACGAGGACGUGCGGCUGCUGCUCUCGGAGAAUCAGAAGCACCUGCCCUUGGAGGAGCAGCUAAAGAUUCUGCUGGAGCGGCUGGAUGAGGUCAAUGCUGGCAAACAGCCCAUAGGACGGUCCCGCCGGGCCAAGAUGAUCAAGAAGGAAAUCACAAUCCUGCGGCGGAAACUUGCUCACCCGCGGGACUUGGGCCGAGACGGGCUGGAGCGGCACGGCUCCUCUGCCAGGGGAGUCCUGCAGUCGCACAACCCCUGCGAGAAGGACCUGCAGACAGACAGCGCUGCAGAAGAGAGCAGCAGCCAGGAGACUGGCAAAGGUCUGGGUCCCAAUUCUUCUUCCACCCCAGCACAUGAAGUUGGCAGGAGGACCUCAGUGCUCUUCUCCAAGAAGAACCCUAAAACUGCAGGCCCUCCAAAACGUCCAGGACGCCCCCCGAAGAAUCGAGACAGCCAGAUCACUCCCGGGCACGGGAACAGCCCCAUCGGACCCCCCCAGCUCCCAAUAAUGGGGUCCUCCCAGCGGCAGAGGAAGCGAGGGCGAAGCCCGCCCCCCCAGGCGGGGGUCCCACGCGGUGGUAACGCUCUCCUGGCGGGGUGUUUUGCAGACCUGCCGGCCAACGGUUUCAGCAGCGGGAACCAGCCAGUGAAGAAGAGCUUCCUGGUGUACCGCAACGACUGCAAUCUCCCCCGGAGCAGCUCUGACUCGGAGUCCAGCAGCAGCAGCAGCAGCAGUGCCGCCUCAGACCGUACCAGCACGACGCCCUCCAAGCAGGGCAGAGGGAAACCCUCCUUCUCCCGGGUGAACUUUCCGGAGGACAGCAGUGAGGACACGUCGGGGACAGAGAACGAGUCCUACUCUGUGGGCACGGGGCGAGGCGUGGGGCACGGCAUGGUGCGCAAGGGCAUGGGGCGCGGUGCAGGAUGGCUCUCUGAGGAUGAGGAUUCCUCCCUGGAUGCCCUGGACCUGGUGUGGGCCAAGUGCCGGGGUUACCCCUCCUACCCGGCGCUGAUCAUCGACCCCAAGAUGCCGCGGGAAGGCAUGUUCCACCAUGGUGUCCCCAUCCCCGUGCCCCCCCUGGAGGUGCUGAAGCUGGGGGAGCAGAUGACUCAGGAAGCACGCGAGCACCUCUACCUUGUCCUCUUCUUCGACAACAAGCGCACUUGGUAA